GAAUGGUAUUUAGGGUUUAUUUUGGAUUAUUCUGACAUCAUAUUUGCUAACUUUCUUGGUAUUUUCCAAGUUGAAUAAAUUUGGGACUUUUAACAAACAGAGCUAUUAAGUUUGACUACUUUAUGGUGUGAUUGAAUGAAGCUAUCCGAGUGGCAGCUCUAACGCUUUUUGAGGGCAAUGGUAAAGCGUGGCUGCUGUCUUUUGAAGUUUGUAUAGUACUUAUUUUUUUCACUCUUAGGAUGCGUCACUUCAUGGUAAACGCCAGCCUGUCUUGCAAUAAGGGCAGUCUGCCAAAUGCACUGGACCGGUCCAAUGACGAAACAGGCUUAGCUAAUGACUUAGGGCAGGUCGAACAAGAACUUGUGAACUAUCAAACUAGUUUCUCUUCCCACAUAUUUACCAGAUAAGAUAACAACUUUUAAAUUCUCACAUUGCCCACGCUCUAUUCUAUUAAAUGAUGGGAUUUGGGAUUAGUUAAGUGUUUGCUGCCCGACAUUUGAUAAAAGAGAUUCUUCGCGAUGUUUAUAUUUUUAGGUUUUGUGUAAAGUAAUACAUCGUGGAAACUUCUUUCUUUAUUGGGGGCAUUCAAGUAGUUAACAUCCAUGAAGUUAUAAAAUGAGUAGAACGCUUUCCAAAGUUGAGCUGUCACUCAAAUAUAUUACAUCGGACACUGGGCUUUCGUUGCUGUUGUUGUAUGGUUUUGUCUUUUGUUAGACAAUCAAUAUUUGGGGUGUCAGUAUUGCUGGAUUCGGGAAAUAUUUAUGUAACUGUAUAUAUUUUCUUAACUUUAGAGAUAACAUCUUGACGUUUCAGCCCCGUAUCCAAUUCCUGCUUCUCCAUAGGUGGGUUUCUUGGAUGCGAGUUUCCAAUUUCUGCGGUUAAAACUCAAAGGGGAUACCAGAUCUUGCUUAUCUGCAAAUUUUUAUUUCUCAGUAGUGUUGGGUGUUCAAAUGUCUGAUUGCCCUCAAUAAAUGCUUAAUAGUUCUGGCAAUGAGAAGUUCCCAGGGAGCCUCCGCUUGAUGGACUGCACGCACAACUGCACUGAUAAGAAAACUUUGAAGAAGUGGUUUUUCAUAGACAAAAGGGUUGGGUAGAUAUUCUGAUUGAUAUCCUCAAGUCACAUUGCACAAUCUAGUGAGGCUACCUGAAUCCAAUGGAUUUGAAAAAUCAUAGUUCCCCUGUUCUUACUGAUUCGGUUCCUGUAAACAAAUCAAGAUUGGGCCUGUCAUCUCUUCUGCUGCCAUGCUCGCCACCGGCAUCAGCAUAUUCCUCUGCUAUGUACUUAGCAAUUCCUAGAAGAAAAGCUAUUCCUGGUAAACUUGAUGAUACUCAUGACAAUGCUUGGCUGGAUGCCAUGAUAUCUUCCUCCCCACCUCCCAAGAAACUGAACAAGGAUAUUAGCUCUGAGAUUCCACAAGAUGAAAUUGAUCCUGCAUAUUGCAUUUGGAUGCUCAAAUUUCCAUCAGCUUUGACUUCGUUUGAUCAAAUCACAUCAAACGCAAAAGGAAAGCAGUUAGCUUUGUUCUUGGAUUAUGAUGGGACACUAUCCCCUAUUGUGGACAAUCCUGAGCUUGCCUUUAUGUCGCCAGUGAUGCGUGCAGCUGUGCGGGACGUUGCUAGAUAUUUCCCAACUGCCAUUAUCAGUGGGAGGUCACGUGACAAGGUCUAUGAGUUUGUUGGCCUGACGGAGCUGUUUUAUGCCGGUAGCCAUGGAAUGGAUAUAAUGGGCCCAGUCAGGGACUCUUCGUUUGUUAAUAACCAUCAAAACUGUAUUAGGUCCACUGACAAGCAGGGUAAGGAGGUCAACCUAUUCCAGCCUGCGAGUGAGUUCUUACCUAUGAUAGAAGAGGUCUUUAGAUCCCUUGUGGAGAUUACUAAAGGAAUUAAUGGUGCAACAGUGGAGAAUAACAAAUUUUGUGUUUCUGUACAUUAUCGUCUUGUAGAUAAGAAGAGUUGGCCUGUGGUUGCUCGUCAUGUUGAGAAUAUUUUGAAGAAUUACCCUCGUUUGAAGUUGACAAAUGGACGGAAGGUUUUUGAGGUCCGUCCUGUGAUAGACUGGAACAAGGGUAAAGCUGUCGAGUUUCUUCUUGAGUCAUUGGCACUGGGCAACUCUGAUGAUGUGCUUCCCAUAUACGUCGGAGAUGACCGUACCGAUGAGGAUGCUUUUAAGGUCUUAAAGGAAAGCAAGGGAGGCAUUGGCAUUUUAGUGUCCUCAAAACCUAAGGAUACAAAUGCUUUGUAUUCUCUCCGAGACCCCUCCGAGGUUAUGGUUUUCCUCAAGUCGUUGGUGAAGUGGAGAAGAAAUUAGCAGCAUGAAGGCCCCAACUAUAAAUAAAUAAAUAAAUAAACAAAUAUAUGCAACUAUAUAUAUAUAUAUAUAUAUAUAUAUUAUAUAUAUUCGUAGUUAGCAUGCUAACGAAUAAUAAUCUUCAAAGUGGAAGAUAAAGAGGAGAAGAAAAGGUAAAUGACAGCCUGACUUUUACCUGUGCGCAGGCUAUGAAAAUCAAGUGUCAGCUAUCAUCUAUCUAUCUACUCCAUUGUUUUGAUGUUGGUAUCUUGUUUUUUUGUAUCCGUAUUACCGUUUUCUUUUUCUGUCAA